AACAGAUUGUUGGCCUAUAUGCCUCAUAUGAAUCCUCCACGAAACAAUCCUGAUCUUCGUCGGGAGACCAAUUGUGCAAUGUGGUUAAACAUGAGAGUUGUGUUAGCAACUCUUCUAUUCCUUGGUGUUGCGCCGACCAACGGUCUAGAGUGUUACAGCUGCCAAAAUGUUGCUGACCCCAGCGCCUGUACUUCCACGCGCACUUGUGCAGCUGACCAGUCUUGUUACAAGCAGAGCAGAGCCGAGCCCUCUGGACGGGUAUAUGACAUGGGGUGUCGAGGUGUACAGGUUUGUGGUGUACACCUGCCAGGAUUAAUUGUUGGGAGAUCGUUAGAGAAACGCCAGCAAGCAGUUUGUCAUCAGUGUUGCUCAGUAUCUCUGUGUAAUGCACAACUAUGUAUGGAUAUUGGUUCCAAUGCAACAAGUAAGAUUCUUGCAUGCUGCUUUCAGCUAUCCUGAGCUCAACAUCUUCUAGGAUUAGAUUUUAUGGUCAGUAAUCGUUCAGCAUUUGUUUUCAUAAGAGCUCGUAUUUUGCUUUAAAUUUUGUGAAAUGUGUAACAUUUUGGGUCAAUUCAUCAUACCAAAGAAGGAUCGCCAAAGUCACUGGGUAUUCAUUUUCGUUUUAAAUAUCCGAACAUUUGAACAUUUAUCACGCCAGUAAGCACUUAUAAAUAUAUAAGACAUAUUGUGGGAAUACCUGUAACAGGCGGGCGUCCGGUUUGGAGGCGUCAAUGACAUUCACAUUUUUCCGAACAUUUUAUUUUCCUCGUGAAUAGAUGUGUAAGGGUCGAGGGUAUCCCAAUCCACACCGCACAGAGUUUUCAACGAAUAUAUGCAUACCAUAACACGUUUUAUACAUUUUACUAUCAAUAGCUUUAACAUUACAUUAUAAACAAUAUGUUUAAAACAAAAUGACAAUACAUGACUUCGUAUGUCUCUUGAAAACUACUACUGAAAAAGAUGUAACACUGUUUCCCAUUCUUUACUUUGACGAAUAUCAUUAUCAAUGUUAAUUUCAUGUAAUACACAUGACAAUACUGUCUGUUGCCUAAUUCAAAAUAUUCAGUGAGGAUCAUCAUACAACGGGCGAUACUGUAUUUUUCGGCAUAAUAUCUCGUUCACAGUUCUAUAACCAGCCAGAUCGGUUCAAGGUUAAGGUCACUGUUAUUAAAAGUUGAAAAAAUCCGCUCAAUAUAUUUCGUUUGGAAGAAAAUGUUACACUAGAAUGAGUGUGUAAAAAGCGUUCCUGCAUACCAAUCUUUGGAUUGUAUUUUGUGGCCAGUCGACCUCAAGUUAAAGUAACUUAACAUACAAAAAUAUUUUCUGCAAAAUAACUUUGGUUGAGUUUGGAUGCAAGUAUUGCCUGGAGUUUUGUGUCGUCGUAGCUGUCUUGCAGACCUAUCAUGAUAGUGCACAUUAUUUUAUGUUAAAGUAAAUUAAUAAUUAGUUAAAGUAGAGUAAUAAGUUAAUAAGUUAAAUGUUGAAAACGGGAUUUUACGGCAUUGUAGUGUUUAGUGUUGUGUCUUAUUUUCUGUUCCAACAUUUUACAAAACAAAUAUUCAGAUAAGCGUAGACCUGAUCUUUAAACGUGCAUAUUUCUUUAUAUGUUGCAGGUCUUGGUUUUGUAAACAAUCAUACUCUUUUUAACAUCAAGUCAUUUAUAAAAUACUCAACAUAUUAUUUGAUCCUGUAAUCAAAUUACAUCAAGUAGAAGAGGAUACAUUAUUAUACUCGUACAUGAACACCUUGUUUACUUGUAAUAUAUAAACACCUGUUAAAUUUUUACAUUAUUUGACUUAUAUGUGACAUGGCUACUAUAUUUUUGUAAUAUUGUGCUUGGUUUGAAUACGUUUUAAAUUUUCACUUCGUUUAGUUUCAUUAUAAGUUUCAAACACUGUUUUGUUGAAAUAUUUGUUAAAUAGAAAUUAUUAUCGUGAACCAACAUCCUUCAAUCUAUUUUACUCAUAUUUUAAAUUUUGAGUGAAUCAUAUGAAGCAGAAGAUGA